GGCUCAUGUUGGCCCAUACGAGCAGCACGCGUGUAGGGGGUCGACUGUGCGCUGUGUGAUAGCUGCGGGAGCAAGGGGACCCGGGAGAUCACUGAAUUAGAGGCCCAUGUCGACGCAGCAGCCAGUCUCGUCGUCUUGCGAACGUGGACCCGUUACUCUGGCUUCCCCGUGUCUUCCCUGCUUGCAGCUUGCAGCUCGCAGCUCGCCUCUGCCCGUCCCCUGUCCCCGCGUGUCCCUGCGUUAUCGCGAUGCAGCGGAAAUGUCCCGACAAUGCUGAUCCUCACCAACUUCGACUCAUGCGAUCAUGGCCAUGGGAAACCACAGCAUUCCGUGUCUGCAAUUUUUCAACUGGUUCGACAUCGACACGCACAGACAAGGUCCCGACAGGAACGGGAUCCUAAUGGAGUUCUGUCCGGGUCAUCACGUGAUUUGCACAAUCUAUCACCAACAUCGCAUCGUGCCUCUGCGUGCGGCGGUCCUGUCCAAGGCGCGUCUGUUAGGUAUAACCCCGUUGUACUCGGUACAUAUUUCAUACAUAUCACACAGGUUGAGGGUUACUGGGACGCAGUUCCUAUCCUCGUCGUCCCCGCCGGUGGUUUGCCCACGCGCAAUUACCACUUCAGUCGCAAGACUACGCCCUUACACCCCAAACUGUCUGUCGUCUUUCUUCGACGCGCGCCCUCAUACGAGGUGCCACCAGCCAAUGCAGUGUUCCCGUUUCAAACAAGUAGCCAACCAACAUCUCGUAGUCACCGCCAAGAGAAUAAACUCCGGAUGUUGGUGCUUCCUGGCCGAUUUCGCCCAAAUGUUCCUCCCAAUGUAGAUCCUCAUGUUACCAUGAGCUGGUCCUCCAACGCCUGAAAAUGCUCUAAUCGCGGAUAUCCUUGAUGAUGCUUAUAAUACAAUGCUUCCAACAUGUUAUGCGGGACUACCGUCCCUUGGGGAUUACCGUCUC